CUCUACUACUAUCAAAUCCCUGAACACUUCACAUUCACUACCCAGCAAGCUGGAGACCCAGAAAACGAAGUGGGGGAGAAAUUAGAAAAAUGUAUAUUGUUUCACCGAGAGAUUUUGAACGCUACUGCCUGAGAAUUCUCCUUCUGAAUAGUAAAGGAAAAACGUCCUUUGAAGAUAUUCGAACAGUUGAUGGACGAGUUUACGAGAAGUUCUCAGAUGCAGCUAGUUCUUGCUUUUUGGAUGAUGACUCAUAGUA